AACCAACUAAUAGGGUUCUCCGGGCUCUCCCGACCCGAACCGGCCCGGCCUUAUUCAGAGACUACCGUUGGAUUUUAAAAAUUAGAAAAAGAAAAGACAAAACAAAAGGCAAAUAAUAGGUUUGUUUGAAAUACGUUGGCUUCGGUCAGCCCCUUCAGUAUUUGAAAAUAGAACUUUUAUGAGUACCGUUCGCAUUCUCUCUCUGCAAUAUACACUCUCUCUCUCUCUCUCUCUCUCUGCAAAACCCUUACUUCCUCUCUCCACAAUUCGACGGUUCGAUCGUUGUAUAGUGCGCAUUGAGUCGAUCGAUUCACCUCUCUUUUCGGCGCUCUCUCUGCCGUCAGAUCGCCUGAAUUUCUGAGCUCAUUUCGACUGUCAUCCCAUUUGUGAGAAGGUAGCUCCUGCCUCUCCUUUGGAGAAAUUGAUAAUGAUCUGGGGAAGAGAUUCUAGAGAGAAGUGCAGUUAUAUAGGAACCAGGUUAAACAGAUUUGCUUAUCUGUCUAGCAGCAAUGGAAAGUGAUAGAACAAAUACUACUUCAGAUGGGGUCAGUGGCGAUCUUCAGAGAAAGCGACCAGUGCAUGGGAGGACUAGUGGCCCUACAAGGCGCUCAACAAAGGGACAAUGGACACCGGAAGAGGAUGAGAUCUUGCGCAAAGCUGUUCAACGCUUUAAAGGGAAAAGCUGGAAAAGAAUAGCUGAAUGUUUCAAGGACCGGACAGAUGUACAGUGUUUACACAGGUGGCAGAAAGUUUUAAAUCCAGAACUUGUCAAAGGUCCAUGGACUAAAGAGGAGGAUGAGAUAAUGAUUGAAUUGGUGAAUAAGUACGGGCCAAAAAAGUGGUCUUCCAUUGCACAACACUUGCCAGGACGUAUUGGAAAGCAAUGCCGGGAAAGGUGGCAUAAUCAUCUUAAUCCCAAUAUCAACAAGCAGGCCUGGACACAAGAAGAGGAGUUAGCUUUAAUUCAUGCCCACCAAAUUUAUGGGAACAAGUGGGCAGAACUGUCAAAGUUCCUGCCUGGGAGGACGGACAAUGCCAUUAAAAAUCAUUGGAACAGUUCAGUGAAGAAGAAGUUGGACUCGUACUUGGCUUCUGGCUUACUUGCACAAUUUCAAGGCCUGCGGCAUGUCAGUCAUCCACACCAAUCAAUGCCUUCAUCUUCUUCAAUGGUUCAGGAGAGCAGUGCGGAUGAUAAUGUUCCCAAAGCUGGGACAGAAGCAGAGGAUAUUUCAGAAUCCAGUCAAGAGUCAGCUGUUGUUGGUUGUUCUCAGUCUAUAAGCGAUGCAACUAAUGCAGAGACACAUGCAAGUGGUGAACGCCAACUAACCAAAGAAUUUAGUCAAGAAAAGGAUCCAAGCUUUAAUCAAGGAUCAAGUUCUGAAAAUUAUCACACAGCUCUUGAAGGAGUUGCUUUUUCCAUACCACAAUUACCACCUUGCAUAUUGAGUGGCUCUUCCCAGUUCCUUGAACAUAAUAUAACAAAUGACUGGGGAAAUUUUUCUGGGCAAGAUUGGCAGCGUAAUUCAGACGAGUUGCCUAACAUAAAUUCACCUGAUUUGGGGCAGGAAUCUUCAGAGUUCUUGACACAUUGUGUUAGUGAAAACCACCAUGAAGUGCCAUUACAAACUUCUGAAGGUUUGAGUGCUUGCCCUUCAAUGGGAAAUGUGGUCUUUGAUUCUGACCAUCCAGAGGGUAUAUUGACAUCUGAAGAUGGCAUUAGCAGGGUGAUGUACCCAGAGACAGAUAAUGAUGCACAUUUCUCCUCUGGAAACUUUAUAAGGUGCUCAAAUUUUAGCAGUUUUAACGGAACCACUGUUUUUUUAUUUAAUCAAUCCUCAAACUAUCAGGUACCUGAAACUGCGGGUGCUUCAGCUUCAGAAUCAUGUUAUCCUUCUGAUGUAUUAGCAACUUCAAGCUCUCAACCUUUCACUGUUCCUUCACAAAUUCCUCCUGAUGAUGGUACAGUUUUAUUUGAUAGUGACCCCAAUCAGCUUGGUGAUCUCUCCCUUCACCAAGAAGAGGAACUUCUGGAGAGUCUAAAUGGUGGCUUCAUUUGUACCAAUGACUCUCUGAAUUCUUCUUGCAAUGGUGGCAGAGAUAACAUGGAUCUGCAAUAUCAUCAAGAUCGGGCAAAUGAUUCUUCAGAACCAGUUCAACUAGAUGCUUUCAACUCAGGACCAUUAAAUAAUACCCAAACUUGUCCUUCGGUUGAUGAAGACCCAGUUGUACCAACUGAACAGGAGGAUGUGGGAACCCUAUGCUAUGAGCCGCCUCGUUUUCCAAGCUUGGAUAUUCCUUUUUUCAGCUGUGAUCUUAUACAAUCUGGCAGUGAACUGCAAGAGUAUAGUCCUCUCGGUAUUCGGCAACUGAUGAUGUCAACUGCGAAUUGUUUUAGUCCAUUCAGGUUAUGGGACUCUCCAUCUCGGGAUAGCCCCGAUGCUGUGUUGAAAAAUGCUGCACAAACUUUCACAUGCACGCCAUCAAUAUUGAAGAAGCGAAACCGUGACUUGGUGUCACCAAUGUCAGAAAACAGAAAUGAGAAAAGGCUUGAAAGCAACAUAAAUCAGGAGUCAUUUUCCAACUUGUCUAGAGAUUUUUCUCAACUAGACUUCUUGUUUGACGAGAAUAAGGAAAAUUUUGACAAGAAAGUACCUUCACUGUCUCCCCUAUCAAAACAGAAAGGAAAGUCCAGAUACUGGAUUGAUAAUAAGGAAAAUAUGAUUGAUGCUGUAGGUGUGGGUAAAGAAAGCAUUUUCUGCAGCGUAAUUCUGGAUAAAGAGUUUGAUAGCAGUAAUCCCAAGGACAAUGCAAAGCAAGGGCUUGCCAUCGUUGAUGCUAAAACAAAGGGUGACUCUGAUGUUGCAACCCAAAAUCAACUUUCAGGAGUACUUGUUGAACAUAAUAUGAAUGAACUGUCAUUCUUUUCUCCCGACCACUCUCAAAUCAAGUCAGACAAAACCCUUGGGCAAAGAAAAAGGAUUCCCACAAACCUGUAUUCUAAGAUGUUGGAAACUACAAAGAGCCAAAGUGCUGUUUCAGAAUUUUCAUCAGGGAAUCCAUCUUCAUUGCGUAUUAUUAGCUCUCCUACCAUUUCCAGAAAGGAUGAAAAUCAGUUGGUCGCAGCUACAUAUUCACAAACUGCUCCCGCAUCAAAUUCCCUGGAGAUCAUGACUGAAAGUUGUGGAAAUGGUGCUGGUGUUCAAAACUUGAGCACAUUUGGUGAAACGCCUUUCAAAAGAAGCAUUGAGUCUCCUUCAGCUUGGAAGUCUCCUUGGUUCAUUAACUCUUUUGUGCCAGGGCUGAGGAUUGAUACUGAUGUAACAACUGAGGAGUUUGGUAAUUACUUUAUAAGCCCUGGGAAUAGAAGUUAUGAAGCCAUUGGGCUAAUGAAGCAGUUAAGCGAGCAUAAUGCAGCUGCUUUUGCUGAUGCCCAAGACGUGCUGGGGGAUGAAACUCCUGAAACAAUAUUGAGGAAAAGAUACUCCAACAACCAGAAACUGGAAAAGGAGAACAACUGUGCCUGGAAAAGUCUGACAGAAAAUCAAUCCCCUUUCAGUUCAAAUGUCUUGAAGGAACGUCGGGUGCUUGAUUUCAGCGAAUGCGGCACCCCGGGAAGAGGUAGUAAAGGAAGCCCAUCUUCCCGUCUAUCAAAGGAUUGCAAGUAGCAGAUUUCUUUGGCUAGUUGGUGUAAAAUUUCAAAAUGGUCAUAUAAGUAUAUCUGUAUUUUUGCCUUUCUUUGUGACAUGCUCUUUCUUUCUUGAACUGCAAUGACAAUUUCUUGACUUCUAUAUUAUUCCAUUGAUCAAAAAUCGUUUGUGGAUGCUUGUUUU